AUGGCUGCUAAGGAAUGCGGACCUAUCCUUACACCAGAACUCUCACAGUUUAUAUUUGUGACGUCAUGUAACGUGACCAACCCUCUAGUUCUUCUACCUAGUCUACCUAGUGUACCCAGUGUACCUAGUCUACCUAGUGUAACUAGUGUACCUAGUGUACCUAGUGUACCUAGUCUACCUAGUGUAACUAGUCUACCUAGUGUACCUAGUCUACCAAGUGUACCUAGUGUACCUAGUGUACCUAGUGUACCUAGUGUACCUAGUGUACCUAGUGUACCUAGUGUACCUAAUCUACUUAGUGUACCUAGUGUACCUAGUGUACCUAGUCUACCUAGUGUACCUAGUCUACCUAGUGUACCUAGUAUACCUAGUGUACCUAGUGUACCUAGUCUACCUAGUCUACCUAUUCUACCUAUGCAACCUAAUGUACUUAGUCUACCUAGUGUACCUAGUGUACCUAGUGUACCUAGUGUACCUUUCCUAGUCUACCUAGUCUACCUAGUCUACCUAGUGCCUAUUCAAAACAAUUAG